AUGAGAGAUUAUUUGCUCCUGAGAGUUUUAGUUGCUAGCGGCCAGCGGUGCGGGGCCGCAUCUAAUCUCACAAUCUUUGAAUAUCAAAAUGGAACUACGUCAGGCCCAGAGCAGCUAUUUGUCACCCGAACCCUUCGCCACAAAAUGGCGGCCGGAGGGCCGGCCAAAUUGUUUUGGGAUAACAAAAUAAAGCCAUACGCAGAUACCUAUCUGCAAGAACUGUGUGCGAAGUACGCAACGGAGAGUUCUGUGGCACCAGCGGCCCUGGGAAUUCCCGCUCUGCCAUUGUUUUUUAUUUCCUCGAAAGGGAAUCCUCUAGACGAGUCUCGAGCAAGUAAUAGCCUUGCUCAGAUGGGUAAACAGGUGGCCCCUCAGCUGAAGGGGACACUGAAGAGUUCCCGUCUGCGGAAGAGCCUCAUUAGUCUACAACGAGGGGAGACCUCUGCUGCUGGGUCGAAGGCCCAGCUGGCCAAGCAAAUGGGGCAUUCGGUGGAAACCGCUGAACAAUAUUAUAACCUGCAACAGGAAGGUGAUGCAAACGUGCAUAACCUCAUUGAAAGAUUGACGCACGGAACCGAAACUGUGCCACUCAUUGACCCCCAACUAUCCCCUUUACCCCAGGAAGUCGAAGGUGGAGAGCAAGUCGAAGGUGGUCUAGAGCAAGUCAGUGGAGAGGAAGUCGGGGGUGGAGAGGAAGGCGGGG